AUUAUUCUGUGGUAGUGUCAAUGUCGUCUGAAAUCUGAGAAAGGGAGAUAGGUUGUUUCAAAUUUCAAUAUUUGAAAAUUUCAAGUUUACAAAAAUAUUGAAAACCAUGCAUUGUUUAUGAUGGCCAAUAAAAAUUUCUAUGGAAAACAGCAGCAGACUUUCACAGGAAAAUGUGUUCUCAUAAAUGAAGAUAGAUUUAAGGUUGAAUUAAGUGCUUUCAUCCAAGAGGCUAUUGACGUCUUCAAGACUAUUCCAACUAGAUUCUAUGAUCCGAAAUCGCGCAUUUGGAACUUUGACGUGAAAAACCAUGAGCUGGUUGUUGCAAGACUCAAUCACUUGAGGCCCAAAUUAACUAUAGAACCUUUACCGAAAUUCGUCUUGAAUUGUCUUCAAAUUAGAAGCAAUGAAGCUGAUAUCGAUUUUGAUAGAUUAGAUCCUGUAUUACUAAAUUCGUUAAUGCCUUUCCAAGUUGAAGGACUAAGGUUUGGUAUCAACAAGAAUGGUAGAUGCCUAAUAGCAGACGACAUGGGUCUCGGAAAGACUUUCCAGGCUUUGGCAAUAGCAAAUUAUUACAUAGACGAGUGGCCAUUGUUGAUAAUUACGACCUCCAGUAUGAAGGCUGUCUGGGAAGAAACAAUUACUACUCAUUUGCCGUCGAUAUCUAUCAUGGGAAUUCAGUAUAUGAUAACAGGAAAGGACUACAUUGGUGAUGCGAGGAUUUUGAUAGUUUCCCAUGACAUGAUGUGGCGUAGUCUAAAAAAAUUACAAGAGAGGCAUUUUGGAGUAAUGAUUGUUGACGAAUCUCAUACCAUGAAAAGCUUCAAAAGCAAGUGUUUUCAGUCUGCCGAGACCCUUGCUAAAAGAGCAAAGAGGGUUAUCUUGCUAAGUGGCACUCCGGCUCUGUCAAGGCCUAGCGAGCUCUUCACUCAGCUCAGUUUAAUAGAUAGUAAAUUUUUUGGCACAUUUUAUGACUUUAGCAAACGGUACUGUGACGGUCAGCAAACUGCGUUCGGUUGGAACGCCAGCGGCAAGUCCAACUUGGAAGAGCUGGAGAUCAUUUUAUCAAAAAAAUUUAUGAUCCGUAGGACCAAAGAAGAAGUGAUGAAAGCGUUGCCCAAUAAAAAGCAAGAGAUGAUUACUUUAGAUACAAAUCUAAGUCAAUUUUCUGUCGAGGACCGUAGUUGUCUUUUGGGGUUGGCUGAAAAGUAUAGAGAACAGAAGGGACCACAAAAGCAUAGCGCUCUAUUGAAAUUCUUUUCCGAAACCGCUGCAAUCAAAAUUCCUUCCGUGUGUUCUUACAUUUUGCAAACUCUGGAAAGCAAAGUGAAAUUUUUGGUCUUUGCCCAUCAUCAGGUAAUGAUGGACGCUAUAGAAGACAUAGUCAAGAAGAAAGACAUAAAGUACAUCAGGAUAGAUGGAAACACUACCUCGGAUCAGAGAAAGUACUUUAUCAACAAAUUCCAGCUGGACGAUAAAUACAAAUGUGCCAUUUUGUCAAUAACAGCUGCUAAUGCUGGAAUUACUCUCACUGCAGCCCAGAUGGUGUUGUUUGCCGAGUUGCAUUGGAAUCCCAGCAUAAUAAGCCAAGCCGAAGGCAGAGCCCACAGGAUAGGCCAAGAGAAUCAAGUAGUUGUGCGAUAUCUCAUCGCCCCUGGUACAGCAGAUGAUCACAUCUGGCCUUUACUUCAAGAAAAACAACGUACGCUCAAAACGGCAGGGCUUUGCAAGGAUUCCUUCGACAAUGUUACUGUUACGAAACAAGACAAUGAAGUUGUGACAGACGGAUUAGACGCAAGUGGUAACAGAAUCCCUGAUACUAGGACAUACUACAUGCCUACAAAAAAAAGGAAGGUUGAAUCUUCAGAUGAGAUUUUCGAUGAUGGAUUCGAUGAUAUUCUCAGCAAAUGUUCUAUGGAAGCGGAAGAUGCUUUUAAUGAUGGUUUUGAUGAGUUGCUAGGUGAAAUUGACAUUUGAACGUGUCAAGGGGUUGUCUCAUUGUGAUAUCGACUGUUUUAUUUUAUGAAGAUAUUUUUUAUUUCAAAUUGUGAAAACUCGUUGGUUUUAGAAUAAAGACCAUUUUUUGUUUUUCCAAUCGUCAACUCCUUGCCGAUUAUGAAAGUAUGUUUGAGUGAUAGGAUAACUAAUGAAACAACAUUGAUACUGUCAAGAUUCAUGUCAAAUUCUUCCCAUGUUGACUCAGAUAACUUCAUACGAGUACCUGCCAUCAUUUGUUUUUGAUGUUUUCAUUAUGUAAUAUAUCUUUUUUAUGUUUUUUAAA